UUAUCCAUAAACUACUUCGCAACAGAAACAAUUAUCCCCAACAUAAACGAUCGAAAAAAGAGCUAGGGCUUGCCCGACCGUUGCCAUAGUUACUGGGUUUCCUCCUGGCAUUGAUUCGUCUUGAUCAAGUCGUGUGGAUGUUACUUCAGAGGGCGACAGGUUUUCUCCGGCGCUUGUAGUGUGCGUGGGAUUCAUAUUUAGUAACUUGUUCCAGGAAGGGAGGCCGUGAUUUAUUCUAAGCAAGGUUAUGUAGCAGAAUGAACAAAGAAAGGAUACAGAUUCAUCAUCAGUUCAUUUCGAUAACAAGAUAGAAAGAAGAUGACCUAACUGAGUUUCUCCGACCCUGAAUAUUUGUUGCGGCCAUCAUGGGAUGCGGCACGUCAACUGAGACCUCCGACCGUCGGGGAUCAGAUGGUGAGAAACGCAAGAAAGACAUUGUUCAGGUGGUUCCAUCUGAUGGGGCAGUGGUGAACUAUGCUGAGGCGUCCCCUAGUGGCCAUCAUGCAAAGCGGAAUGGCAGCAUUGCCCAUCACACGUCUAUCAAAGCGGCCGUGCUCAUUCAGAAUUGGUACCGGCGCUACGUGGCCAAAUUGGAAGCGAAGAGACGCUACACAUGGAGUAUCUUCCAGACCAUUGAGUAUGCUGGUGAACAGGAUCAGCUCAAGUUGUACAACUUCUUCAAUGACAUGCUGUUACACCUGAACACGGAUGACGGCGGGAAGAAUCUGGCGUCAGUGAUUACAGCGGGACACCGACCUUUGGCAAAAAAAUUUGAAAGUAUCGAUGAAGAGGAUGAGGAGUUAUUGAAGAAGACCGACCCUGCUAGUAUUAAAAUUGAACACUCAUACAAGGGACCCCACCUCCAGUUCCCAUUGACGACGGCGCACCUGGAUGCUCUCGUUGAGGGAUUCAGAAGCAAACAUAAACUCCAUGCCAAAUACGUAUUGGAACUUCUCCAUGAAACUCGCAAGGUUCUCCGUGAGCGGGGAAACAUCUAUCAUGCCUCGACUGCCAUUGCCAAACAGAUGACGGUGUGUGGGGACCUCCACGGCAAGAUGGAUGAUCUCUUCAUGAUCUUUUAUAAGAAUGGUCUUCCAAGCUCCAGCAAUCCGUAUGUCUUCAACGGAGACUUUGUAGAUCGAGGUCCUCACUCCAUCGAAACAGCUAUGCUGCUCUUUGCCUGCCUUCUAGUCCACCCUCAGGAUGUGUACAUAAACCGAGGGAACCACGAAGACCAUAUCAUGAACCUCAGAUAUGGUUUUAUCAAAGAGAUUAUGUCGAAAUAUAAGGAACAUGCAACAAAAAUAGCCCGCCUUUUUGAAGAUGUGUUCAGUUGGUUACCAUUGGCGACGGUGAUUGACAGCAAGAUUCUCGUCUGUCAUGGCGGCAUCUCGGAUCGAACGGACCUGGAUAUGAUACGACUGAUCGACCGCCACAAAUAUGCCUCGAUCUUGCGGCCGCCAUUGACUGACGAUGACAGUGAAGAUGGAUCGCGUGGAGCCACGAGGCAAAAAGUAUUGGAGGAGUGGAGACAGGUCCUGGAUAUCCUAUGGAGUGACCCCAAGUCCCAGCCAGGUUGUAAACCCAACACGUUCCGAGGAGGAGGUAGCUACUUUGGCCCGGAUAUCACGAAGAUGGUCUUGCGGAAACACGACUUAUCGUUACUCAUCAGGUCUCAUGAGUGUAAACUUGAGGGCUAUGAAUUUGAUCAUGAUAACUUGGUGCUAACAGUCUUCUCUGCCUCCAAUUAUUACGAGGAGGGCAGUAACAAGGGGGCCUACGUGAAGUUCGGCACGGACCUCCAGCCCCACCUCAUUCAGUAUAUGUCUUCGAAACAAACGGGGAGAAAACUAACCAUCACACAAAGACUGUCUAACGUUGAGGAAUCUGCAAUCCGAGACCUCAGGGAGAAAAUCUGCGCUUACCAGUCACAGCUUGAGGAGGAGUUCAAGAAGUAUGACAACAAUCACAAAGGUCUGAUCAAGAUUGCAGAUUGGUGUACUGCCAUGGAAGAGGUGCUAUGUUUUAACCUACCGUGGCGCACCCUCCGCCCGCAACUUGCCAAGGCAAACAAAGCCGGACUCAUUCAGUAUGCAUCCACAUUCGAACAGUUCAAGAUUAAGAACAAAUUCAGCGACGGAGGACAGACAGUGACAGAGGCGUUGUAUAGGAACAGAGACAACCUGGAGAUGAUCUUCAGAGCGAUAGACAAAGAUAACUCAGGUGUCAUCUCGAUGGACGAAUUUGAAAACGCUUGUAAUGUGCUAAGCCAACACACGGGGGCGCCUCUUCAACAGGAAAGUGUCCACGAUCUUGCCAGAAGCAUCGACAUAAACAAAGACGGAUUCAUAGACUUUAAUGAAUUUCUCGAGGCGUUCCGAUUGGUCAAUAUCGACCAUAGGAACAGCCUUACGUUAAGUAAACCAAGUGUGCAAUCGGACGGUACGAUCGGUGAUGGAACGCCGAGUAAGCAAGGACUGUCACCGACACCGACGAAAUCGACACCGUCAAUUAGUACGACGGAAGUAGUGAUCAACGCCGGCGAGAGAUAACAGGUCAUCAUAACUGCUCAAAGUAUUCGAUGACGAAAUAUGAAUGGAUUCCGUUCCGAUGGAUGUCUGAAUUCUUUGUUUCCACUCGAUUUGACCUCUCUAAUCAGGACACCUCUCUGUUAAGGACAUCAUGUCAGUCUCAAGGGUGUCCUUAUUAGAGAGGUUCUACUGUAUAUGAAUUAGCACCACGGGUUGGAACUGGUUUAAUGAACAUCGCGGCUGCCCUUGGGUACUUUGCUGUUCGAAGUUCUAGUUGCAUUUUGAAUUUGAACUGACCAUCCUUAUAUUGCCUUAUUGUGUGCCAUGUAAAUGAAGAGGCAAUCUUAAAGGCCUAGGCUGUCUGUAUACAUGUUUUUACCUGUCCCACAGGUAAAUAUAGAAUGUAGAAAUAUUCGCUUCAUGAAAAUAUAAAUAAACAUUGCCGCUGUACAGUAAAAAGACCUGUCAACGUUAUAAAAAUUGACCUUUAUUGUACAUUAUCUACAUCAGUGCACACAACAGCAAUGUUACAAUUGUAUUAAUUACAUAUUUACAUCAUCAAGAUUUCAAAUUUAGAUAAACCUUUAAGCCCUACUUGCGAUUAAUCUCUUCAAAACCUAGUUAAUUGAUGUGGUUAUAGUUUACAUCCAAAGCCGUAUGUAAAUAUUUUGAAAUCUAUUUUUCUAUAUAUAUGCAUGUUCAAUGUUUUCGUCAUCAAUACCGAGUUGUAGUACCUGGUAUUAAUUAAAGAUAAACAGAGCGAAUUUCCAUAUUGACUGGUAAUCUAAAAACCACAAGUGGCAAAACGAGUGGCAGUUGAAUGAGGUAAAGUGUAUACUUUGGUCUUGAAGUUGACUGUUCUUCCCUUGAACCAGAUUUAUAAUAUAAAGGUAAACCGACUUUGUUUAUCAUGGUGUCACCCCUGAUGAAAGGGCAGCCAGAAUGGGCUUAAGAGACAGUCUAUGCUUCCAAACUCUUAUUUCUAGUGACAGGCACCUGGUGAGAAGCCUGUGGAUGGAAUAGGGCCUCUGGAGGGAGUGAUACUCUUCAUCUUGUGAUGCUGUAAAAAAUAAACUCUGGCUCACAUGGCCGUUUGGUGGCUCAGGCAUAAGCCCACAGCUGGUCGUAAUCAAAUUAACAGCGCAAGUUUAGGCCUAAUGUGUUUGUCCCGGCACAAAAAUAUCAAGUAUUGCAGAUACAGGGAAUAGUUGAUAUUGUAAAUAACUAGUACUUAGUACUUGAGGAUGGACUUGAAAACUUCUUGAAACAGUGAAUAUAAUUGAUAUUGUAAGUAAAUAAUAAUUUUGGAGAACAAAGCAGCCCAUCAUUUAAAAUGGGCUGUAGAACUUCUUCCAGGGUCGGUCGGGCUGCAGUUGGCAAAUGGGAUUUGACAAAGAAUUCUCCUUAAAAUCAAAAGGUAAAAAUGCUACGUUUUAAAAUGUUAUGCGUUCUUGUUCGUGAGGUUGUUAUCUAUUUAUGCAUGCAGUUUUAAUCUGUGUUGUUUUCAUAAUAUUUGUUUUUAAUUUUUGUUUAUUUUUAUUCACAGGUUCAGUUAGGUUUUAAAAAUGCUCAGCACACAAUCGUGCCAUGUAAAUACUUGUAUACAAAUUAGAUAAGUUAUGGACGCAAUCAGUGAGCUCCCUUACAAAAAGUGUCCUCAUCUCACUUCGUCAACCAUUUCACACAUGAAGCUUAUUUUGAAUUCACAUGGGUGACAUUUUCAUAAGGGCUGGGCAAAAUGAAGGGCAAUUGGUGGACGAUGUAUAGCUCAAGUAUGUACCAAUGAAUAGCUUGUAGUCCCUUGGGGGACCCUGAAUACCCCCCUGGAAUCCUUCAGUGUGGACCAUAUUGAUGUCGCGGGGAAGAAAAGUCCAUUGUGGUCAAGGUGUGGUCACUUUCAUGAUACCUUGUUAGCUGAGGAAAGGACCGCAAGUUUUCAAUAUCAUACGUGUACAUCUUGCCUUUUCACUUCUGUAAUAACCAAAUGUUUAAGAGAGGCAUGAUAACUGUAGUGUUCAUCGCAUGUUGGAACACUCUUGGUCUUCAUACUGGAGGUUACUCCACUCACUUUUAGUGUAUUAUAUUAGCGGAGGGUACCUCAUGAGGCUGUAUAUCCAAAGACUGUCAGCUUGUCUAACUUUUCCUUCUGUGUUCCUGUGUGACCUUGUGACGCAACACACACAAAAUUACCUCUUGUAAUUAGCUCAUAACCUUUAAAUUGAACCUUUGGUUGGUUUAGCAGACGUUCACGAUGAUUGUACCAUGGAAUCUUUGGAUAUUUCAUUGUCUCAAUAGCAUGUUCCCUGGUACAAGCAUGGGAACAUCCAAUAAGCCAAACAAAUGUUUAUUUUGUUCAUAAAGCAUAUCAAGGGAACAUGGAACAUUACAAGGAAAAACGCCACUAGUGAAUAGUCUUUGGAUACAGCCCAAUUGGCAGUGCCUAGCCAGGUGAUGACGGAAAGACACACAAGUUUCCAGGACAGCCUGUCUGCUCGAAAUCACAACACAGAAAUCUCAGCAUUGACGUCUUUGCAACACUGGCUGCACACAUUGCAAUACCAGGCCCAUAUUGAAUCACCUGUUAGCAUCACCACCACUGUUAAUUAGUUGACUCACAAAUGAUGAUUUGAGAAUGACUGUGCUGUACAUAAUACACAUUUAUGUUAUUUAUCCUGUUUAUUACUUAUGAAUUUUAUCCAACAGUUCUCAAUAAAGCAGUAUUCAUUCAAAUUA